AUGUCUGAUAAACCCAAGGAUAAUGUCAAAGUCCCCCAGUUGGUGGAGGGUAACUAUAGGCUGUGGGCGAUGAAGAUGCAGGUGGCGCUGGUGCAGAAGGAUCUGUGGAAGCAGGUGAAAGUAGAGGUGGAAGUGAAGGAAGGGGCCAAAAUGGCCAAGGCAUGGGCAGAGAUUGUACUCUGGGUGAGAUUGGAACAGCUGGAACUUCUGGAAGAUGAGAAGGACCCCCAUAAGUGCUGGUCCAUGUUACAUGACACCCACAGGGCAAAGGGAUUCACCAUGGAGUUGACCAAGUGGUGGGCAUUUUAUCAUAUGCAGAUGCAGAAGAGUGAGUCAGGUCAGGGAUGGAUCGCUAGGAUGAAGGGUCUGGUGAGGGCAUUGAAGGAGGUUGAUGUUGAGGUCGAGGAUGCUCAGAAGGUGUUGAUCCUGGUCAUGAGACUGACAGACAAGUACGAGCAGGUGGUGGCACAGGUUGACAAUAUAAACACCACAGAACGGACCUUUGACGGGUCAGUGUGA